CAUGCUCCUGAAGCAUAUCGGGCUGAAGUUGCUAAGAUAAAUCACCAAAUUAAAAAUCAAGCCUGGGAGACAAGAGAUAAACCUGUUAAGAUAGUACAAGAUAAUCUUAUAAAUGCUUGUCGCAGAAAAAUUCAUAGAGUUAAACAAGGCAAUUCACUACCACAACCUCAAGAUAUUACAGUAUUUAGUAUACCGGAAUUUCUUCAAGUUACUUUGAAUAGUAACUUUUUUUUAAUUAGUGAUCAAUUAGUUAAUCAAGAUCAAAUUCUUUUGUAUAUCAUCCAUGCACCCAUUGGUACUACAAAUAAUUCAAGAAUUCUACUACUCAUAUACUCAUUAAUGUUAUGUAAAUCUGAAGAGCAAUAUAUUUGGCUAUUUGAAAGCUUAGUCAAUUUUGCUAAUGAAAAUAAAAUCGAAUUAAGCCCUCCAAGAAUCAUCACUGAUUUUGAAUUGGCAGCAAUAAAUACAUUACAAUAUGUAUUUCCCGAAGUCAUUAAUAAAGCAUGUUUUUUCUAUCUAGGACAAAAUGGAUGGAAACAAGUACAAAAAUGUGAAUUAGCAGAAAUGCCUCAAGAUAAAGGGUCAAAAAAGCUAGUUUUAUGGUUUGAAGAGAAUUACGUUCUAGGCAAAAUCAAGCGAGAAACAAGAAAAAUUUCUAGAACUCAAAACAUAGUCGAAGGUUGGCAUAAUCGUUGGGCAAUAUUAGUUG